UUUGCAGGUCAUGUUGUGGUUGGUCCCAUUACUGCACAGUCUAAACCCAGCCCACUCCCCCCUGGUUUAGUAGAUUUUAUCAACAGUGCAGGAGGGAAUGGAUUCAUUAUUGCUUCUUUUGGGUCUUAUGCACAAACAGUUAUUUCCAAGGCAAAGAUUGACAUCUUGGCCUCAGCUUUUGGAAAGUUGAAGCAGAAAGUAGUAUGGAAGCUCAAAGGCUACAUACCUUCAGUUCUCAAUGCCAAUAUCAAAGUGGUGUCAUGGUUACCUCAGAAUGAUCUGUUGGCUCACAAGGACAUCAAGGUUUUUGUCUCCCAUGUGGGACACCACAGUCUCUAUGAGUCAGCGUACCAUGGUGUCCCUGUGGUGGCUAUUCCCUUAUUUGGAGAUCAGCCUUCUAACGCUAAGAAAGCAGAGUACUUUGGACUUGGAAUAGCUGUGGAUCACCAAACUGUGAAUGCCCAGCAACUGAUAGAGGCAAUAGAGAGUGUUGUUAAUGAACCAAGAUUUAAAACCAAGGCCAUGCACAUUUCUCAGCUGAUGAGAGACAGUCCAAGGACCCCGUUGGAGAAAACUGGUGACUGGAUAGAGUAUGUACUCAGACAUGGAGGAGCCCGGCACCUC